UUUCUAUGACCAACUUCCGCUCAUUAAUAUGACCAAACUUCGAGUGAUUUGGCUUACGUAUAUCUAUAAGGCAAAACAUACCAAAUAAAGCAUGUAUUUGGGAGAAGCAUUUAUGUACUUUUGUUAUAUAAUCAGUGUAACUCUUUUAAAAUGGCUAGGAACAACGAAUUACGCCACUCAAUAUUUUGUCAACCAUGGGUGUACUUUGCAGAAAAACAUUGAUGCGGAUAAAGAUGGUUGGGAUCUUUGUACAGACACUCCCCCAGCCGACGCCAAACUGUGGCCCUCAAUCAGUAACGGUCAUGUGGGUACAGUUGUCCAUAGCGACAGUGUGUACAUGAACGGACUUUACAACGGAAAUGGCACAACUUCCACACGCGCGCGCAUACCAGCCUUCACCUCACUCGACGUUAUCAACUUUGCACCAGAUGAGAACGUAUCCACGACAUACUGUUUACAUAUGAAUUCGGGAAUCUAUGAAGAAAUAUACCGAGGUGAUCACUGGCGCGUCACGGUUACCAUGUACGCCCAUCGCGUGUUCAACCGUCUCCUAGUAACGGAGCUCACCGUAGCAACAGACGGCCAGCAGAGAACGCUGACCAUUCCUCUUAAAGUCAAUCAUGGGAACCAAAGCUCUUCUGUGACGCUCCAAGAUGCUACCAGCGACGUAGCUUCAGCAAACUACAAGUACGGAACCAUACUCGAGGCAGAGACUCCCGAAUCUGGGCUUACCCCAGUGCACGUGUACUACAAAACCGUUCCCCUUGACGUCACCGUCGAUAGUGGUCACUCGGGCACGGAGACGCUUGUGUUUCUGAUGUCCGUCAGUACGAACCAAGCAGACGCCGCGUUCGCCUUUACAAAAGGGAGGUCACUCUACCUAGAAGGCACACUCCGCUCAUCCCACGUGACCAAAUGGCACGAGGUGUGGGACACCGGUCGCAUUGACGUCAUCGGUAACGUCACAUUGGCGUCUUCCGUCUACAGCGCUCUGUAUUACAUCACUUCCGCUAUGCCGCUCCAGGAAGAUACUGUCUGGCCUUUCGUGGGACUGUCGCCCGCUGACCUCGCGCAUAAUGGUUACAAUGGUCAUGUGUUUUGGGACCAGGACACGUGGAUGUACCCGCCUGUGCUCGUGCUGCACGGGGACCUAGCGCCUGUCCUUUUAAACACGCGCUUCCGGACUCUUAACGCCUCGCGCGAGUUCGCGCGCCGGACCGGACAUUCUGGCGCUCAGUACGCAUGGGAGAGCGCGUUUACUGGACUUGACGUGACACCGUGGCCGCCUGCACAGGACUACGAGCAUCACGUGACUGGUGACGUGGCGUUGGCGUUACGGCAGUAUGUCAUGAUGGCGGGAGAUUCACCGCUCCUUCACGAUGUGCACUUCCGCGAAACUGUAUUCGCCAUUGCAGAGUUCUGGAAGUCUAGAUCAGUACUGAAUAGAUCUACAGGAAUGUACGAGAUACAUAACGUGAUGCCACCAGACGAGUGGCACUACCCAGUGAACAACUCUGUGUACACAAACUACGUGGCCAAGAUGGCGCUUCUUUUACCUCACUUCCUGUGUGACGUCAUCCACUGUCUCGCUCCACCUGAAUUUGAACAAGUGGCUGGAAAAAUGUACAUUCCUUUUGACGCUGACAAAAACUACCAUCCGGAAUAUGACGGUUACACUAAAAAUGUGUCGGUUAAGCAAGGUGACGGCAUCCUCCUCGGGUUUCCACUGCAGCUAGCCAUGACGUCUGACGUCAGACGAAACGAUCUGGAAAUAUACGAAAAUACGACAGGGGCGGGGCCUGCCAUGACGUGGGGUAUGUUCGCCAUUGGUUGGCUUGAGCUAAAUCAGACUGACAGAGCGGAGGGACUCUUCUUCCGGCAGCUGCUGAACAAAUAUGGAGCUUUCAAUAUCUGGACUGAGGAUGCGGACGGCGGCGGUGUAACCAACUUUAUCACGGGCCAGGGCGGCUACCUGCAGUCCAUCAUCCACGGAUACGGGGGCGUCCGUCCAUACGCCGACCGCCUCGCCCUACACUGCCGCCCUGUUCCUGGCUCAACAGGCAUCAGCAUCGUGGGACUCGAUUACCUUGGAAACAGUUUGGACAUUUCCUGUGAUGACAGAAUCACCAAGGUUGUCCGAACAUCUCAUGGGCGACAACUCUAUCUCUACACAUCGCUAACAAGGGAGAUAAUUCCUUUGAGACCUGGCGUUCCUGUGGACUUGCCUAGCCAGCCGCUGGCUAUUAGCAGUUACCAGACCUUAAAAUUACCCAUUGGACAGUUCGGGGUGAAUGUACCGGUGGAAAUAGUUGGAUAAAACAUGUACUUUUUGCCAUAUAAUAAAAACUUCAAACUUGAA